UUCAUAGUGUGUGCGCACUAAACAGAGUGGCGUGGUCACGUGACUGUGAAACCGAAAGGAGGAAGUGUUAGUCGGAGCGAUAGAAGUUAAUGAACUGGAUGACACGGAUAAGGGGGCUCCUUCAGUUUUGUAAUGAUGAAUGUCUUCAAACGACCCAAAUGGCCGUUUUCCAAGGUGUUAGUGCACCUAGCAGUUCUUAUAAUUAAUGUACGGGUGUUAGAGGCUACAACAACAAAGAGCACGGUGUCAACUAAGGUUUCGACAAAUGAUACAACCACACCAAUGGCAGCUACACCAUCAACAACAGCACCGCCCACACAAGCGCCAACACAGACACCCGCAUCUUCAACAGCAACACUAACAACGAUAACACAAGCGCCUUCAAACCAAACUGCAACUUCACCAACAACUACAUCAACUACGCAAUCUGACACAACUAACGGUACCCAAAAGCCAGAACCGGCAAUAACAAUUGGGAGCAACUGCAGUGGGCAUGGUAAUGAGAGUUCGGAUAAUGAAUGGUGUGGUAAUGGUGUUGAUGGACAGGUGGUGUGCUUCGAGGGAAUUUGCACGUGCAGCACGGGACACUUUCCGAUCAACAGCACAGCUUGUCUAAAUGAGACGGUGUUGAACACAACGGAAAUAAGCAUAAUUAGCACAGAUGUAACCUCAUUCACACUGUCAUGGGAGAAUCCAGCCAUACAAGAAUCUCAAGUAAACGUCACAGUUGUUGCAAAUAAUGCCGAUUGUGAUGUAGGACAGGCUAAAAAUGCAACCUGCGCUGGUCUCGAACCUGGAUGUAACUAUACCGUCAAAGUGAAGGUCCAAAGUGGAACAUUUGAGGGCUUUGUGCUUACCUCUGCCUCUUUAGUUCCUGAAAGCCCUGGACAAUUAAACACAACUCUUUGUGGAGUUUUUGAGGCACCAAAUGUGACUCUUUGUUGGGACCCAAGUGAAGGGUGUGUGGAUUAUUACUCUGUCAACGUUAAACAGUCAGGUGGUGAGGUAGUCUUUUCGACCCAAACAUCUGACGGUGCGAAUUUCACAACAGUAACCAAUUUGACAGCCGGGACAGAAUACAAUAUAACAAUAUUUGCAUACAGUUUGAACAAAUCUAGCGCUUCAACAUUGGACACAUUUACAACGCAAUCAAGUGAACCAAGUGAGCCACUUAACCUUACAGUUGAAGUUCUAGGUGAAAAGGAAGUAAAGUUAAAUUGGGAAUCUCCUGAACACCCAAAUGGGAUGAUCUCUGCCUACACGGUGUGCUAUGUUUACAAGCACUAUAGGGACCAGUCAUACUUCGGAACAAACUGCACUAACAAAACAGGCCCGGAAAUCGCAUUGAUUGGAAACGUUGAAACCAACUUGUCACUUCCGUUUGCAGGAGCAUUUUAUAACUUCUCUGUUGCUGCUGUUAACCAGAUGUUCACGGGAAGAUCUAGUUCUGCUGUCGCAAGAAGUAAUGAAUCAACACCCGGGAAUAUCACUGUACUGAAUACACAGGCAACCAACACAACCAUUACCUUGAUCUGGUCACGUCCACCUGUCCCGAAUGGAAAUAUCAUAAAGUACCAGGUUCAGUGGUAUACAGGGAACAAGAUGUGCUCAGUCGUCAUCAAAGCAGAUUCGAACGGAAGUGUGGACAAUGGUGACAACUGUGGUUCGGAUCUGCCUGAGCGAAUUGUUGUCAACCAAAAGGACAUGAAUUAUACUAUAUCCGGGCUUGACCAUUAUAAAAACUAUAGCAUGUGGGUGACGCCGUUUACAGCUGCAGGAUCCGGGCAAAUCAGUAAUACCACGCAACAAACGACUGAAACAAGACCGGGUCCUGUGGGCAUUGUAACAAUACGCGAUAUUGGGCCCACCGCGAUUAACGUGACAUGGACGAUUCCUGAAAUUAACCCAGGUCCGACCAACUACACAGCGGUCGCUAACAGCACGAUACCAGGACAGGAACAUAUUGCUCGGUGUGAAGUUGAAGAGAAAGAUAUCAAUUACACGAGCACUGGAUGUGAGAUAAGAAACCUCCGCGAAUUUUGGAAGUACAAGGUGGAGGUCAUUGCAAAAACCAAGGGAGGGAUCAGUGAACCAAAACUUUCUGAGGCUUUCUAUACACAAGAAUCAACCCCAGGAACACCGUUGUCAUUACAAGUUUUUAAUUAUACACCACCCGCAUGUGACGCCACAAAAGUCAAGGUUACCUGGACCGAACCCAACCUCCUGGACAGGCAUGCCAAUAUCACACAGUAUAUUGUACAAACGGUCCAUCAUAAUGACAGGGUGUUCACGUAUCCCGUUGUUAACCCUCAACCAUUUGCUCGAAAUAACAGCCAGUUUUCAUGGGAACAGGAUAAUCUCGAGGCUGAAAGGACAUAUCAGUGGCAGCUGUUUGCAGUUGGAAGAAACGGGAAGGGAUUCCCUGCAAAUUACACAUUUUCGACGGGAAUAUGCGCUCCCCCCAAAAUGGACUCCGUUCUUGAGAAAUUAGAGAUCACCUCGUCAUCGGUGAUUUUUAAUCUUGAUCCUUAUUUCUUCACGAACGAAAAACAAGGGAAGAUAAUGGCAUAUGGCAUGGUAGGAGGAAACGGACGAGAUGAAGUCAGAACAGUAAAUGGAGACACUGUUUUGAGUUUGGGAAGCUGGAGCAAGUUUACAUCGAAUAAUCAUCAGGGUGUUUAUAGAUUCAAUUUCAACCUGACGCCUAAUGUGAACGGUAAACUUCGGCUAGAAGUUGGACAAAAUAGAACCUGCACAAAAGAGGAUUUUAAAGAGUUCUGCAAUGGACCGCUUCCUAGUGGAUUAGAAUUAUGGGUUAAGGCUUAUGCCUGCACUGCGAUCAAUUUAUGCACUGUGUCUGAGCACUAUGGACCUUUUACAAUCCAACAACCAUACCAAGAUACGAAGGAUAGUGGUGUGGAUGGGGCCUUGAUUGCAUUGCCCAUUCUUAUUGCCAUCCUUAUCCUCAUCAGUAUGUUUCUGUUUCUUUGGUGGCGAGGAGCAAUUGACCCACUUCAGUGGAAGAAUCAACUGAUUGGAGGGGGCAAGAAAGAUGUACUAAUAACCCUUCCAGAGAUUGCAGAUCUCGACAGAUCCAUUCCAAUAGCAACAUACAGUGAGGCCCUGGCUGAUCUUCACAGGGACACAAAUCUCAUCCUGUCAGAUCAGUACGAGGAGAUUAAGCGACGAGCGGGUCAAAUAGAAGUGAGGUCAGGCUUCGAGGCUGCCAACCUUGAACCAAACAAGCCCAAAAACAGAUGGGUCAACAUUCUACCCUUCGACCAUAGCCGGGUCAAUCUUCAACAGUUGGAUGACGAUGACCCAGAAUCAGACUAUAUUAAUGCUAACUAUAUGCCUGGCUUUCACCAUCAACGGGAGUUCAUAGCAACCCAAGGUCCGUUGCCCGGAACAAUCGACGACUUCUGGCGAAUGGUGUGGGAACAGAACGUCAUGGUGAUCGUAAUGUUAACACAAUGCAAGGAGGGAAAUAGAGUAAAAUGUGAGAUGUACUGGCCGGACACUGUCCAAGAGGCAAAGCAAUACGGAGAUGUUGUGGUCAACCCGACCUCGAUAACCAACAUGAACAAGUUCAAUAUCAACAUCUUCGACAUCUCUCACGCCAGUGAUCUAACGAAGACUAGGAAAGUUCUGCAAUUCCACUACCUGGACUUUAUGGAUUUCACGGCUGCCGUGGAAGUUGAACAUUUCAUUGAAUUUGUGCGCACAGUUCGAGGUCACGUGCCCCACGAUAUGACCAGUCCUAUGGUUAUCCAUUGCAGUGCUGGCGUAGGCAGGACGGGCUCUUACAUCGCCAUAGAUCACUUGCAAGAGUAUCUGAACUCUCCCAAGUUCAGUUCCGAUGACCACAUCAACAUUUUUGACAUGGUCAUGGAAAUGAGGGAACAGAGAGUCAACAUGGUCCAGACAGAAGCUCAGUACAUCCUGAUCCACGACUGUUUUGAGAGGAUGUUGGAGGACAAGAAGAAAUCCCUGAAAACCACAGAGUCGAUGGAGGAGCUGUACGCUAACCAGGCAUACGAUAAGAAAGCAGGAGCAAGUAAACAAACUCUUUACAAGCAUGGAAAUGAAUUAAGAUAUCCGAAAUACAAAUGCGAUUUUGCUUUCGUGAUGCUAGGCGGCCCAAUAUAAUUAUGUAUAAUAUGUUCUAUAAAUGACAGAAAGUACACUACUCGUACAGGUAUGGCAGUUGGUCUUUUAGUUCUGUAAAUGAAAUAGGGAGUGAACUGAUAGUUUUCCAUCUUGCAAGGUUCUCCAAACACCUUUUCAUAUGAUAACAAAUAUUGGGCCACCGGGCGACACAAUUUCACAUUAAUGUGCAUCGGAUAUCUUUACCUGCUUGGAAAUGAAUCAAACAUCUUGAAUGAAUUGAAGCCUUGGACAGUUUUGUUAGACUGAACGACAUGUAUGCAUUGUUAAAGUCUACACACUUUGUUUCCUUCUGAAUAUUUAUUUGCAACAACUUGAUUUUGAAAUUGCAUAGUCUAACAAUUCUCUUCAACUUGUUCCAAUUAAAAUUGUAAUAGCUUCUAGAAUGUGUUCUCGUCUGUAUAAUAUGUAUCAUCUAUUCUACUCUGAGUCUUGAUGCAUUUAUUUGAAUGCUCGUUUACCUUUCAAAUCGUGGGUUUCCUGUUGUGAUUUUAUUCACAAUUACAACCGUCUGUUGUUCGAGUAUUGCUCAUAUAGAGGUCAUCUUAUCGAUCGUGUCGUACGACCGAUUUUCCCAUCCUUUAUUAUUGGUUGUUAUACUAUAUAUUUCGACUGCAAUAUACUAUAAGCUUAUUCCGAUCUACAUUUUUUUAAUUCUUUUUAAAACACUCGUUUAGUAUUCAACUUAAAGUCUUGAUCUUACGAUAGUGUGUAUGAAAUACCCUUCCAUUUGCGUUGCUUAUGAAAUGUUAUUGCCUUAUUUUGUUGGGCUGGGUAUUCUUUGCUCGGAACAUAAUUUUAUCAGAAAACCUGUAUACAACCAACAUCAUUUAUUAUUUCUGGUAUAAUACUUUUAAAGCUUUAUAUGGAAAAUACCUUAUGACAGACCAGCCUAUGGCUGAAAUGAUUUUGUUUACGAGAAUGAUGAAAGCCCGUUACCAGUAUGAAUGACUGUUGUAGAAUGAGAAUUUUUGUAAUUAUUGCAUAUAUGUGUUGUGAUAGUUUGUUUUAAUAUUGUAAAUUUCAAGUACAUAAACUAUAUUUUACCAUAGUUUAUUACCACAUUGUAAACACCAUACUGCAAAUGUGCUACCUUUAUGUGUUACCUUCGUAAAAUAAUGUUUGUAUUACAGUAAUAAUGAGUAUUAUAAUUUACAAUUUAUAAAACGUCCAGCGGUUUUAAUUAAUAAAUUACGAGAACUAGUAAUUUGAUUGAUCAGUCACGAGGCGAAAAUGAAAUCCAUAUUCAUUAUACCCAUAUAGUUGUUAUUUUAACACCACAUUUGGUCUUAUUGAGAGGUUAUUAUAUGGUCACGUGGUGUCAUUGAGUGAUACUAUACCCGGGGAAUUAUUGGCCAGCGGGAGAUCAUUCAAAGGUAUCGCGUACCCAUAUAUUAAUCUGUAAUUUAUUUUAACGUAUUUUCAGAUCCCUUUCCAGACGUCGAGUAUGAGAACGUGAAUUAUGAGAAUAAACAGAGAACAGAGCUCUGAGUGGCAUUUGUCGGAUAUUCUGAGUAAAAGAAACAAUACAAUAAACAAAGAACAGAGUUGUUUGUGUCAGUUGUCGGAAUUCCGAGCAGAAGCAACAAUACAUAAACAAAGAACAGAGCUCUGAGUGACAUCUGUCGGAAUUCUGAGUAGAAGCAAAAUUAUAAUAAACAAAGUACUGAGUUCUGAGUGGCAUUUGUCGGAAAAGUAGUGUUCAUUGAUGCAUAUGUUGUAAAUAUUCCAUAAUAAUAUUUCAAUACAAACCAAUAGCAUAUAUAUUAUGUAGUGCAUUAACUCAUUUUGUCAUUAUUAAUUACCGAUUAUGAAAUCAGUGUUCUUUGAAAAAGGUGUUUAUGAAUUUAUGAACUCACACUUAUUUAAUCGUUUGUCGGUCAAUAGCAAAACAAAAUUGCCCUAGAUUGGAGAAUGACCAGUAAACUAUUGCAUAGAGAGGCACUGGGGUACUGAUUACUGACGACAAGCCUCUUAAUAAGUGUUUUAUUAGAUAAAAUAUUUAUUAUAUUUUUGCAAUAAUUUAUAUAAAACACACAACAUGAACGUGCAUUAAAAGCAAUAAGAAGUGUAACGAACGGAGGAAAAAAAUGUAUUAUAAUAUUCACGAGUACAUCCCCAUGUUGCUAAGUAAAAUGUGAACAGAUUUCUAUUCCGUUAUUUGAAGUACACAACGCAUAAGUUUGAGAAAUAGUUCCAAUAUAAACAUGCUUUUUUAAUUUAAAGGGACUGUACACCAGAUUUGCAACAUUUUUUUUUUCUGUAACGAAUCUCAGGACAAUUAUUUAAUAGAAUGUGUAACGCUUUGAUAGCAUAAUUGUAAAAAAGUACCAACAUGUGAAAAAAAUGUGUCGGAGACCGGAUUCGAACCUGUGUCCAGUGUUGUAUCCACUGUGCUACGAAGGCUUUCUCCAUUCGAGUCGUAUAUUUAAGCUAUAUACCUAACUUGGUAAUAUCACGUGUUAACACCAACUAGCCAAUCACGCAUAAGAAAGACUAUUAGGAGACAUACCCAGUAAUCUUUUCUAAUGGAAAAAUACGAAAUAACUGCUAAAAUGAAAUAAAUUGUAAACUAUGUGGUACUUCAGUUAGUAAGUUUCAAUGCAUUGUACACAUCGAUGCCAAGUUUAUGUUAGUUUUCGACGCUUUUCUUUUUUUCUUUUUUUUUCUUGCAAAUUGAUCAUCUGGUGCACAGUUGCUUUAAUAAAAGGUGAUAAGUAUGGCUAAUUAUGUAAUUCAUGAUCUUGAUCUUUAUGUCAUUGAAAAUUAGAACAUAAUAACUUUAUUUAGAAAUGAAACUAAAAUAAUUAAACAAACCAAAAGAAACGUUUUUACUCUAAGAAAACCCAAACGAACUUGAGACUAUUUAUGAAAGGUCAAAUAGCAUUAAUUAUUUAAUGAUGAUUUAUGUAGAAACUCAUGUUAUAAUGAUAAUUUAUAAAGUUGUUAUUGAUUUGAUCAAGUAAUAAAUGAUAUUUUCACUUUCAAUUUUAUUUUGUUUGAAUUGUAAAUCCUUACAACUGUUCAUGUAAUAAUUAAACGCGUUUUCUUUUGUAUAAAGACGCAAACGUUAGCAUAGAGCAAUUGAAGCAAAUGCGUUUUUAUGCUGUUUACGCAUGUUAUUUAAAUCACUGAAAAUAAACGUCAUGGUUUACUUUA